UAGGAGAGAGAGUGCGGCGUUUGCUCCGGGCUGGGGGAGGCGGUGGCGGAGACGGAGGAGCGGGAGGAGCGGGGCCAGCAGGAGGCAGCGGCGGCGACCCGGCGGUGGUGAUGGUGCAGGUGCCCGGGUUCUGCGCGGAGCUGCCUGGCUGAGUGGCGCCUGGUCCGGGUCCGCAGCACCACCGCGUCUCUCCCGGGGGCGGGCGGGCGGGCGGGAAGAUGCUGAGCAGGUUGAUGAGCGGCAGCAGCAGGAGCCUGGAGCGCGAGUACAGCUGCACCGUGCGGCUGCUGGACGACAGCGAGUACACCUGCACCAUCCAGAGAGAUGCUAAAGGCCAGUACCUGUUUGACCUUCUUUGCCACCACCUGAACCUACUUGAGAAAGACUAUUUUGGGAUCCGCUUUGUGGACCCAGAUAAGCAGCGGCAUUGGUUGGAGUUCACAAAGUCUGUGGUGAAACAAUUAAGAUCCCAGCCCCCAUUCACCAUGUGUUUCCGUGUGAAGUUCUACCCUGCAGACCCUGCUGCCCUGAGAGAAGAAAUAACCAGGUAUUUAGUCUUCCUACAGAUCAAAAGGGAUCUCUACCACGGUCGCCUCCUCUGCAAGACAUCAGAUGCUGCCUUGUUAGCCGCUUACAUCCUUCAAGCGGAGAUUGGAGAUUAUGACCCGGGGAAACACCCUGAAGGCUACAGCUCCAAGUUCCAGUUUUUCCCUAAACAUUCAGAGAAGCUGGAAAGGAUUGCUGAGAUUCACAAGAUGGAACUCAGUGGUCAAACACCAGCAACAUCAGAGCUGAACUUUUUAAGAAAAGCGCAGACACUGGAGACAUACGGAGUGGACCCUCACCCGUGUAAGGAUGUGUCAGGAAAUGCUGCAUUUCUCGCCUUCACACCUUUUGGGUUUGUUGUUCUUCAAGGAAACAAGAGGGUCCACUUCAUUAAAUGGAACGAAGUGACCAAGCUGAAAUUCGAAGGGAAGACUUUCUAUUUAUACGUAAGUCAGAAAGAGGAAAAGAAAAUUAUUCUCACAUAUUUUGCUCCAACUCCAGAAGCCUGCAAGCACCUGUGGAAAUGUGGAAUUGAGAACCAAGCCUUCUACAAGCUGGAGAAGUCAAGCCAAGUCCGCACAGUGUCCAGCAGCAAUUUAUUUUUUAAAGGGAGCCGGUUCCGAUACAGUGGCCGAGUUGCAAAGGAAGUGAUGGAGUCAAGUGCCAAGAUCAAACGGGAGCCACCGGAAAUCCACAGGGCUGGGAUGGUUCCCAGCCGCAGCUGUCCCUCCAUAACCCAUGGGCCAAGGCUGAGCAGCGUCCCCAGGACCCGCAGAAGAGCUGUUCACAUCUCCAUCAUGGAAGGCCUCGAGUCCCUCCGGGACAGUGCCCAUUCCACCCCGGUGCGUUCCUCCUCUCACGGGGACACCUUCCUGCCUCACGUGAGAAGCAGCCGGGCAGACAGCAAUGAGCGAGUCGCAGUGAUUGCGGACGAGGCCUACAGCCCUGCAGACAGUGUGCUGCCCACCCCUGUGGCCGAGCACAGCCUGGAGCUGAUGCUGCUUUCCCGGCAGAUCAAUGGGGCCACCUGCAGCAUCGAGGAGGAGAAGGAGUCUGAGGCCAGCACCCCAACUGCUGCCGAUGUGGAGGCCCUUGGGGGAGAGCUGAGGGCCCUGUGUCAGGGGCACGGCAGGCCAGAGGAGGAACAGGCGAUGGUUUGCCUGCAAAAUCCGCUCAGUGGUGAGCCUGCUCAUUGACACCUGAGAAGGCAUGACUCCUCCCAGUAACUAGCCAGGUGGACCAAGGAGCCCGGCUACCCGUUCCCAGCAAUGGGACCCAUCGCGGAAACCAUCGGCACAUGUACCAAGUCCUCCUUUCAUGACUCAAAAGUCCACAGCCUAGGAGGGUUGUCUCCCAGAAGAAGAGAGGGAUAGGCUCAUGCCCUGUCUAAGCAAACUGGGAAAGCGCAUUUCCUUCAGAGGUUCUCUCAAGAAAGGCUCGGCGACUCUUACUCAUCCUCCCAACUUGCAGGAUAACUUUUGGUUUUGAAUUUUGAUUUUUCAUAGAUGUGUAUUAUUUUGAAAGUAUCGAGUAAAAAUAAUUUAUUUUACUAUUACCGAUGAUCACAGCAGUGUCACCCAGCAGACGGGACACUAGCUGAAGACUAGAGAGCUGUUGUCUCGUGUGUUCUGCAGGAGCUGUCCUGCUGGGUUCCGGCAGACUCGUCACAGCAGCCUCAGGGGCUAAGUUUUCUUGCCAGACACAGCUUUUUAAAAAGUAAACAUCCUGUAGAAUGAUUAAAUGGAAACUUGCUUCUUAUGAUGGUCUGAGCUGGAUUUUCUUUUCCUUUUGUUUUUUCCCCCCAAAUCUGAGCACAGUGGGCAUCUGAAGGGACCAGCGCUACAGCAGCAGCAGCAGCAGGGGUGGGGUAAGUCUGUCCCCUUAGACUAGAUCCUAGUGGGCAUCACCAUGAAUUUUGUAUGA